CAGGAUUAGCGGUGCUCGGGUCCGGGAGCAACAUGGCGGCGUCCGUGAGGGACUAGUUAUGGGCAAAGAUAGUGUUUGGUGUCGUUUUCUUUCGGGAUAUUGACAGACCGCCCGACUAAAGGAAGCGUGAUAGGUGCAUAACUUUAGUGAUCGGCCGUCCGCUCUCGUCCCCAGUUAGGAGCAGAGUCUUGGGCACUGACCAGCAUGAGCAACAUCUACAUUCAAGAGCCUCCCACGAACGGGAAGGUUUUGUUGAAAACUACGGCUGGAGAUAUCGAUAUAGAGUUGUGGUCAAAAGAAGCCCCUAAAGCUUGCAGAAAUUUCAUUCAGCUUUGUUUGGAAGCAUAUUAUGACAAGACCAUUUUUCAUAGAGUUGUACCUGGUUUUAUAGUCCAAGGGGGAGAUCCUACUGGCACAGGAACUGGUGGGGAGUCUAUCUAUGGAGCCCCAUUCAAGGAUGAAUUCCACUCACGGUUGCGCUUUAAUCGGAGAGGACUGGUUGCCAUGGCAAACGCUGGUCCUCAUGAUAAUGGCAGCCAGUUUUUCUUUACACUGGGUCGAGCAGAUGAGCUUAACAAUAAGCACACCAUCUUUGGAAAGAUUACAGGGGAUACAAUAUAUAACAUGCUGCGACUGGCAGAAGUAGACACUGAUGGUGAAGAAAGGCCACUUAAUCCACACAGAAUAAAAAGCUGUGAGGUUUUGUUUAAUCCUUUUGAUGACAUCAUUCCAAGAGAAAUAAAAAAGCCAAAAAAAGAGAAACCAGAGGAGAAAGUAAAGACAUUGAAACCCAAAGGCACAAAAAAUUUCAGUUUGCUUUCCUUUGGAGAGGAGGCUGAGGAAGAGGAGGAGGAAGUGAAUCGAGUCAGUCAGAGCAUGAAGGGGAAAAGCAAAAGCAGUCACGACUUGCUUAAGGAUGAUCCUCAUCUCAGUUCUGUUCCAGUCGUUGAGAGUGAAAAAGGUGAUGUGGCAGGAGAUUUAGAUGAUGAUGAAGAAUUUGAAAGUGCAGAGCAUGAUGAAAAUAUUGAUGGUGAUGAGAAGAACAUGAUGAGAGAGAGAAUUGCAAAAAAGUUAAAAAAGGACCCAAGUGCAAAUGUAAAAUCAGCUGGAGAGGGAAAUGUGGAGAAGAAAUCAGUUAGCCGCAGCCCCCCUUCUCUAAGCCUCUACCUUGACUCCUGGAUGUUGAUGAACAAAAUCACACAGCCAAAUAGAAGCCCAGCCUUAGCUGUGCCUGCACUGCUUCUUCAUCACCCAGCUCCCCAAGGGGGUUGCUUCAGCCGCAGUCUCACCCUCAUCAGGUCACUGGCUUCCCGUUCCGUGAACUAGGAGCACCUUCUCCAGCUCUUAACUUUCUUCUCUUUGAACCCUUACUGUUUAAAGGGAGAUGAAUCCCGCCACCCUUUCAAAAUGACUCCACCCUCUUUCCUUUGUCUUCAGUUUUCUCUCUUCGCUGCUUCCCUUCCUUCAGCUUGUGUUAACCAUCUCCCAGCAUCAAGAGUGAAACCAAAACCACUCAUUUUAUCUCCUGUCCCCACUUCCUUACUUUGCGUUUAUUUCUAAAUACACAUCAUUUAGCUUUUCCCUCAUCAGACCACUGAAACUGCUCUCACUAAGGCCACCUAAUUGUCAGAUGUAAUGGCUACUUCCAGCUUUUGUUUUUCUUGGUGCCUGUGCUGUGGAAUUUGGCAUUUUUAUCUGUCCUCUUGAAACUUACCUUCUUCAAGAACUUGAUUGUUAAAAUGUGAUCUGUGGACCAACAGUAAUUAGUCACUUGGGGACUUUUUAGCAAUGUUGAGUCUCAGGCCCCACUCCACACUUUUUGAAUCAGAACCUGCAUUUUAACAGGAUCCCCAGGUGAUUUGUAUGUAUAUUAAAGUUUGAGAAGCACUCCUCUAGCAUGUUAAUUUUUAUCCCCACUGCUACUAGACUGGUUCAAGUUUAUGUCAUCUUAACUCCAAGGUCAGCUACUUGGUAGCACCUUCCCUGACUCCCAGGGCAUUCCUGUUGCCCCUUUCUGACACUUCUGCGAUAGGUAGUAUGACAUUAGGUUAUACUUUUUUCCCUCUUUCUGUACUUAUACUGUUUAACUUUCUCGAAGGCAGAGAUUGUGUCCAUUUAUGUUUGUGUCUCUGUAGUCAAACAUCAUAGGUACCUAAAUAUGUGUAUAAAUGUAUGAACAAAAAAAUAAGUGAAUCCUUUAUUGACAAAUAACUUUUUCCUCCAGAUCUUGUAAGUAAUUUGUUUAUAUUUAUCACAUGGGAUAUAUUGGUCUACCUGUCCCUUACUGAGACAUGGGAUGUAUUGGUCUGCCUGUCCCUUGCUGAAACUGAGCUCCUUCAGAGGCUGUCUUAUUUGUCUUUACAUCCUCUGAGUCAAACAUAGUAUUUGGUUAUUAAAAUGUGUGUAAUAAGUGGAUGAAUAAAUGAAUGAAUACAGUUGUCAUUCAUUAGCGGAAUGUUUUUCAUUUUCAACUGCACACUAGAUUCACUAGAUUUCACUCCCGACUGCACAUUAGAUUCAUAUUAGGUUCACAUUAGAUGCCUGGGCCUCACUCUACAGAUUCUGAGUCAUUUGAUCUGCAGUGAAGCCUGCGCACAUCCUUUUUUUUACUUUUUAAUUUUUAAUUGAAGUAUCACAUACAUAUGGAAUAUAUCUGUAUAAACUAUAUUUCAUAGCACAUGUAUCAUAAGUGUACAGCUUGCUGAAUUUUUACAAACCAAUACACCCAUAUACCCAUCACCCAGAUCAAGAGGGAAAACUGCUAUUACCUGGAAGUCUCCCUCCUUCUCCAUUCUGGUUACUUUCCCCUCAUCUCCUGAUAGUAACCACUUUCUAACUUCUAAAAACACACAUUAAUUUAGGGCAAUAAUACUUUGUAAAGAUGCUCCAGAUAGUCUGCUGUGCAUCCAGGGUUAAGAGCCCUCCUCUCCACCAAACACACACUCCUUGAUCACUUCCGAGGUAUAGAA